CAGCUGCAGCCAAUCAGAUCGCUCGCAGCGCUAUUUGAACGUGGUGGUUGUUGCUCCGUGCUGCAUGCGUCGUGUUUUCCGCAGGUUUCCAGCUGCUGCAGAUGAUCUGAAGGUCGCUGGUUUCUGCCGCUUCUCUUCCCGACAUGUCCGCCGUGGAGCUCCGCGCUGCGCCGCUGCACGCCGCACAGGAUCCUCUGAGGAGGAAGAAGAGCUCCGCAGCGGCUCCGAGGAAAGCCGCCCUCGGAGAAAUCACCAAUUUUACCGGAGCAGCGGUCGCAAUGAAGAGGAUGGGCGCAUCAAAGAAGUCCUCCAAAGCGCCCUGCUCCCAGAAACCUAAAGCGGUCCAGAAUGCCGGCGCCGUGGUUCUGGUUCCGGCUGCUGCGGACCCGCUCCCCGCCCCUGCGGUGGAACCGGGCCGGCAGGAGGAACCGGGCCGGCAGGAGGAACCGGGCCGGCAGGAGCAGCUGUGCCGGGCCUUCUCCGGCGCGCUGCUGCUGGACGUGGACGAGCAGGACGCAGAGGAGCCUCAGCUCUGCUCUCAAUACGUCAAAGACAUCUACGCCUACCUGCGCCUCCUGGAGGUGCAGCAGGCCGUACGCGCAGACUACCUGAAGGGCUCGGAGAUCACGGCGCAGAUGAGGGGGAUCCUGGUGGACUGGCUGGUCCAGGUCCACGCGCGGUUCCAGCUGCUGCCGGAGACGCUGUACCUGACGGUGGCCGUCCUGGACCGCUUCCUGCAGGUCCAGCCGGUGUCCCGCAGGAAGCUGCAGCUGGUCGGGGUCACCGCCAUGCUGGUGGCCUGCAAGUACGAGGAGAUGUUCUCCCCGGAGGUCGGCGACUUCGCCUACAUCACGGACGGCGCCUUCACCAAGCCGCAGAUCCUGGAGAUGGAGCAGGUGGUUCUGAGGGCGCUGGGCUUCCAGCUGGGCCGCCCGCUGCCGCUGCACUUCCUCCGCCGCGCCUCCAAGGUGGCCAACGCGGACGUGGAGAAGCACACCAUGGCCAAGUACCUGCUGGAGCUGACCCUCCUGGACUACCAGCUGGUCCACCGCCGGCCCUCCGAGCUGGCCGCCGCCGCGCUCUGCCUCUCCCAGCUGCUGCUGGACGGCGCUCCGUGGUCGCCCACGCAGCAGCACUACUCCACCUACGACCAGGCGCACCUGAAGCCGCUCAUGCAGCACCUGGCCAAGAACGUGGUGAUGGUGAACGAGGGGAGGACCAAGUUCCUGGCGGUGAGGAAGAAGUUCUCCAGCAGCAAGCUGAUGAAGAUCAGCCUGGUCCCUCAGCUGCGCUCCUCCAUCGUCCAGAAGCUGGCGGCUCCUCUGCUCUGAGGCUCCUGCGUCGCCUUCAGUCUCAGGAACUUUUUACACUUGCACUUUUUUUAAGUUCUCUCAGGACGGCGCCGACCCGGUUCUGGUUUUAUUGGUUCUGUUGAUCUUAGCGGGUCUGCAGGGGAGAAACUUGUUGGGUUUUUUAAUAAAGAGUCUGUUUCUA